CUGCCGUUGAUCCAAAAACGGGCUUUUCGGUCGCGCACGCUGACGUUCGUUCCUCACUGGCCACCUCCCAGCCCAUUACUGACACUCCACCUCCACAAUGAAGAAAAUCUCGAGGUCCUACUCGUAUCACAUCUCAAGUGCCCCGGGACUGUGUCUCUCGCUCGUGAAAAGCACCAAACGACAUAUAUGACAUGCCUUAGUCGUUGUACCGCAGUUACUUGUCUCAAACAGCCAUAUCCUCAAAUCGCCAUCUAGCUUGUUCAACUUCAGUAUGAACACAAUCUGGCUGUGUCUUUUUACCUUGAGUCUGUGGGCUUCGGUUCGAGCACAGUCAUUGCCAUCAUGUGCUGCCACAUGUCUUGGGACCUUCUUACCACAGUCCUCGUGUGACUCGACAGAUGCACCAUGCAUAUGUGCCGACGUCUUUCUCAUGACGAGCGUUCAAGACUGCACUUUGAGCAGCUGUUCAGUCAAGGAUAGUCUCACGGCGCGAAACUUCACUGCCACAUUUUGCAACGAACCUGUCAGAGACAACACAGCAGUCACGCCUAUUGUCACUGGUGUCUCAGGAGCCCUGGCCGUUGUCUGUGUUGUUCUAAGAAUUGCUGAUCGGCUUCCGCACUUGGCCCGACUUCAAUGGGCGGAUUUGUGUGUUGUCCUUGCACUGAUACUCGCAACUCCGAUGGCUGCCCUUGAAUUCGUCAUGUCCAGUGACGGGUUUGGCAAAGAUAUUUGGACGAUACCUUUCGAUAAGAUCACCCGAAUUGUAAAGUUCACCUGGUAUACCGAGAUAUUCUAUAUGUUCGUCGUUGGAUUUACCAAGGCGGCCAUUCUCCUCCUUUAUUAUCGUGUAUUCCAGUCCGAGAGGUUCCGCAAGAUCGUGAUUGCCUCGCUAAUCUUGACUUCUGCAUUCAUCAUCUCCUUCUCCUUCGGAGUCAUCUUCCAUUGUACACCAAUUUCAUUUGGUUGGGAAGGCUGGACGGGUGAGGUGGAAGGGCAUUGCAUCAACUUCAAUGCAUUUGCUUGGGCUCACGCUAUCGUCAAUAUUGUUUUCGACAUCUUCAUCAUUGUCCUUCCGAUUCCACAGUUGAUCAAGCUAGAUCUGGGUCGACGAAAGUUGAUCCAUAUCAUCUUGAUGUUCUCGGUUGGCUUUUUCAUCACCAUCGUCAGUAUCGUUCGAUUGACCGCAUUGGUGCAGUUUGCGACAACAAGCAACCCUACAUAUGACAAUGUACCGACAGCGUACUGGAGCGUCCUUGAGGCUUUUGUCAGCAUCAUCUGCUGCUGCCUCCCUGCAAUUCGCGCACUCCUCCGCCGAGUUUUCCCUAGCUGCUUUGGUAGCAGUGCCAUCGAAUCCAGCACCGAUUCAGAACGAACCGAAUCAGAACGAACCGAAUCAGAACGAACCUACCGAGUUUCAAAAUCUUCUAUGCCAAGUACAGGUUCCCAAAGUCACAAAUCUCUCAGCAAUCGUGUGACUGUGGAAUCUCGCCAGGGAGACAACGAUGACAUUGAAUUGAUGCGUUCGGACAGCGGUAAGAAUCAGAGAAAUGGUGAAUGCUGAAAGAAGAUCAUCCGAAACGAGGACAUAAAAUACAAGUUUUCAAAAGUCAAUAGGGCAUCUUCAAGCAAGGGGACUAUACGGCGCUCUGUGGAGUGUUUCUCGGCGAUGGAUAUUGGGUGUCCUAGCUGGGUCUGUAAUCACUGUAGAAGGUAAUCUUCACCCACGAAUAUAGCUAGUUUCGAAUCAAG